UGCCUUGCUAGGUCGCCAACAUCUUGACUUGAGUUCUUUGGGCUUGGCUGCUGAUGGGACCCCACAGACCAACGAACCAGCAGAGGACCCUGCCAAUGCUUACCGUACCAUAGCUGACGCUGUUGGUGGUCGCAGGGCGAGUUCUCGGCGGACUGCCCGAGGAGGGAGUCUUGCUGCUAAUCGCCCUGCCAGGGGUGGGGGCUCUGUGGUUGGCCGUACUGGCAGAGGCGGAGGCUCUGCGGGAGUAGUUACCGGGGCAGGCAUCUUGGCACCACGCUCUACCCCUACCUCUCGAGCUACCUCUUCUACUCCUUCCUCUGCGCGGCGUGGUCAUACCACUCGCGGAGGAGGUAGUGUGGCGGGUCAACGCCGGCCUCGCUCUGAGAUGGAGAGUGUUUCUGCUGACGCGACUGGAAUAGCUGCGGGCCAACUGCGGUCUGCUCAACCAGAUCAGGUCGUGGAUUCUUCUAUCUCUGAGCAGGUGGAAAUUGUGGCCGAGGAGCAGGAUGUUCCUUUUGUGCAACGCCCAGGUAAACGCGUUUGCACUGGGGAAAGCUCUCGUUCACAGGAGCAGGCUCAAGCUUCUGCUUCUGCUAAUCAAAGCAGUGCUUCUCUCCCUACCUCGUCUGCUGCUCUUGCUGCUUAUUUGGAGGAGCAGUUGAAGUUGCCCGAAUCCUCCAUCCCUUCUUAUGUAAAUAUCAGAAACCACGAGUUUUUGGAGAAAGAGAUCCUCGAUGUUCGCCCUGAGGUGAACCCGGAGCUAGCUGCCCUCUUUCCUCCUGCACCGAUUAGCGGCGACAUUUUUGUUCCUAACUGGGAUGUCAAAGCUAAUGAAUCCUUGUAUGCUAGCUUCCCAGAGAAGGGUGGGACGUUGGCAUAUCGGAUGCUGAAGGGAAUAACGUUGCCAGCUGACCGUCCUCUGGAGCGUGUUUAUACUCCUGGGGCUAACGCCUGCCAGAAGGUGUUAGAGGCUGGAGGUGCAGUGAAGGAGCUCUGUGACUUCUUUUUCUAUUAUCAGAGGAAGCAUGACGAGCAUCUUGCUCUCCUUGAAGAACGAGACAGGCAGAUUCGGGAUUUGACCUUAGAAAAUGAGAGAGCGUCUUCUUCCCUUACCAUUGCUAAUGCCAACGUUCAGGCCAUAUCCGUGGAGAGGGAUCAUUUGGCUAGUGAGGUCGUUGCUCUGCGUCCAGCUAGGGAGAGCUUGGCCAAAGCUCAGGCGAAGAUAGAGGCUGAGAGGAAACGCACUGAAGAUUUGGCGGAGCAGCUAAGCCUUGUUGAGUAGAGGCAUGCUGAUGAGCUGGCAGGCCUUCGCCGUUCUGUGCAGAAGGAGGUGGCUGCUGCUGUGCAAGAAUUCUGUCGAUCUGACGCUCAGUAUGCUCUUCUGACGCAGAGGUAUGACGGUGGGUGGAAGGCAGCCUCUCUUAUAAUCAAGCACAAGUAUCCGCAGUUUGAUUGGAGCUUAAUCGAGGAGGAUUGGCUCGCUGGCCUGCACCUUACUAUCCUUAGGGAACUGCGAGAGGCUGAAACUGCUGAGGGACAUGCCGCGGAACCUAAUGAUGUGCCUGACUUCUGCGUUGAGAACAUUCACCCAGGAGACUUGCCCUUCUCUGACGAGGAUGAUGCUGCGGGCAACAACGAAUAAUGGGUGUGGCGGCUAUCCCCCUGUUCCUCUUGUGUUACUGGGCCUGUUAUGUAAUAGUUUGGUUUUGAACAAUAUUAUUCUGCGUUUACCCUAUUGGGUGGUGGCGUUUGUGUCACUUCGUUUUUGGAACAAUUUGUAGUUAGUUUAUUGCUGCCUUUCUUUCUGAAAUAUUUUCGAGUUGGGCUGGUAUUUUUACUGCCCAGAGCCAUUUUGUAGGGCUGUACUUUAUCUAUUUUCCUUGGUUUUUAAUGAAGGUAUAGCCGCCGGCAUUUGAUAUGCAUAUUUUGCUAAGUACUUAGCCAAUUUUUGAUAUCUUGUUUGCCUUUGGAAAGUUCUAGCCUUGAUCAGAGUCAAACUUUAU